AUGGCAGACAGUAUCGCCCUCCGGAAGAGCGUGGACUCUACUCGCAGCAAAGUUUCACGGCUCACCAUUCUCUCCCGCAAAACCGCAUGUGCGAAUUCCCCUACAAGAAAGAGCCCCUUUCGAAUACAGUUCUCCCCUUCCACACCCGGCUCCAUUGUAGGGUUACCCACCACUAUCGUGCCGACCAUUGCAGUCGCUGCCGAACCCGUCUAUGUAAAAAGGGAAGCCGCAUCCUUGGCGCUUGCUGCGGACCCUAGCUAUGCGCAAGCGCUGGUCAGAACCCACUAUGUGAGAGAGCUUGUUGACCAAGUACGACUGGCAAAGGGGGAAAGAAGAGACAAAGUAGAGAUUUUUCUGUUGAAGGUGGUUGAAAAGGAGCUCGAACGUGCAUGUCUGCACGCUAUCCAUAGAACGGCGCUUUUGGAGCGAGAGCUAACGGAUAUGAAGGGGAGACUCGCACAAUUGUCAUCACCUUUUAAACACAAUGCUCGGGAAAUGUACCUCAUCCGGCCCUUUCUUCAUGACUAUGUUCGAGAAAACAAACAGAUGGUCAAAGACUAUGGGUUACCAAUGAUCUACUUGAGGAAUGAGGAUGGCGAAGGGAAUCGGGCUGGGAAGGAUGCUGCAUUUGAGGAAUACUUUGUAAAGUUGAAAGAGCAGGCCAAGACAUUGGCCCAAACUGGACGGAACAAGUUUCUCAGUGAAUCACUCAAGCUCUUGAUAAAGCUUGAAGCGGAAUUUUAUCUUUUGGAAUGUUUUAUCGAACGCUCUUUUAGCGAGUUGCAAUGUUACAUGCGACUCAUUGAGAGUCUGACUCAGAAUCAAGACGCGGCAGUCCUGCAAGCGGCCCUGUUUCUCCGUCUUCGCAAUGCUUGUACGUGGCUAGGCUCUGCUCGGACAUCUCUGACGGAGUUGGCGUCCUCGCUUGUUCCAGAUAUGGAAGACUAUCAAUGUUCGAUAUGUCUAAGUGUCAUGUACAAGCCCGUCUUUUUGUCUAGCUGCAAGCACCGGUUCUGCCGCGAGUGCUUGCACCAGCAUGAACGCUUUAGCGCGUUCUGGGCGUACAUGUACUGGAUUGAUGUGCAAUGUCCAAUGUGUAGAGGAAGUUAUGCGCUCCGAUCCAAGACACCAGAUAAGGCAAUGGACAAUUUUAUCAAACUCUACUUUCCGGUUGAGUACGCGGAAAAGAGGCGUGAAGCGUUCAAGAAGCGCUUGCAACGCAAAAUAUUGACAUUAAUGCGAAAGAACUUGUUAUGGCGUCCAGAACGAUAUUGGGAAUGA